AUGUCGGGUCGUGCCUACAGAAAAGCUUUAAAAGAUAAGGAGCUACAAGCGGAACGAGGAAGUUCCAGUAAUUUGGAUUUUGAGGAAUUGGAUGCUGAACGAAACGAACCAGCCAAAAAUUUGUUUGAUUUGCUUAAUGAAGAAGAAGAAAAUAAUAAUGACGAGGAAAGGUCUGCUGAGGAGGAGUUAAAGGACGAAGAUUCAAAGGGGGAGGCAAGAGACCAGACCACCACGAGAACGAAUCAAAUUGAUGAGAUGAGUGUGGGAGAGUUGGAAAGGGCUAUCAGAGAGAUUACCAAAGAACUUGGUCCACAAUCUAGUAAUUCAGUGAAAACGAAUAAAUCAAAAAAGGCCAAAUCAGAUUUCCCCCGUGACAAUUCGAAUAUAUCACUACUGACAGUAGAUACUAAAAUGCUAGAUGCCGAUGCUGAGAUGAGGAGAAUGUUUGGAUCUGCCGUUGUAGAUCGAGAAAUCCGUGGUCGGAACUAUUCUCGUACGGCCAAGAGAAUGCUCUUGGCUAGACCUCGAGAUAGUUGGCCUCCAAUUGACAGAGUAGGAUACGGAUUGAGUAUGGAGUUUGUGGAAGAGAAGAACGGAGUUCAAUAUUUUAAGAUAAAUCAUUCGCAAAAGUAUCGUUCUAUACAAGAGUUGUUUCUUGAUUGCAUUGCUAGUCACGAUCCAAACACCAUUGCUGCUCUUGUGCGCGAUAAUCCAUAUCAUAUUGAUUCGUUGCUGCAACUGAGCGAUAUUUGCAAAAUGUCUGGAGAUCAUGGUGUUGCCGGAGAGAUGGUUGAGCGCGCAUUGUAUGCGUUCGAAAAGUGUUUUCAUCCUGAAUUCUACAUAUCAAAAGGAACAGUUCGGCUGGAUUACAAACACUUUGAGAAUCGGGCAUUUUUCCUAGCAUUAUUCAGACAUGCAAUGUUUUUGUCUCGCAGAGGAUGUUGGCAGACAGCGUUUGGUUUCACCAGAUUACUUUUAGCUUUGUCACCUGAGAGCGAUCCGUUGUCUGCAUUGUUAUUUAUUGAUUUCUUUGGGCUUAAAACGCGGCAGUAUUCAUAUGUAUAUACUAUGGCUAAUGAGUGGAAGGCGAAAAAACUCUAUAGAUAUCCCAAUUUUGCAUAUUCGAGGGCACUGGCCAAAUUCCAUCUAGAACUGCAAGAUGAUAAGGACUCGGCUAAUGAGGAGAGUUCUGCUCUGUUAAAACUUGCAAUUAUAUAUUUCCCGGGGAUAGUGUUAGGAUUGGCUAAGAAAUGUGAUAUCAUAUUGGGCAGCGACAUUGUCAGUCAUGCAUAUUUUCAACCACUCGAGGAUAAGUCUUACUUGAGCCUAUUGUAUGAUUUGUACAUUGAACAGACUUCUUCAUUAUGGGCACAAUCGGAAGUAGCUUCGUGGUUAACGACUACGUUAGUUAGUCUAAUGUCUGAACUAUCCGAACACGUCAGCGAGCAGGAAGGUGGAAAUCAGCUUGUAAUUUUUAUUCCAUCCCAUACGAGUUCUGGACAAAUAGAGGUUGGUGAAUGCAUUCGUGAAUCAUUUUAUAAUGCCGGGGUACCGCAAAAUGUUUGUCGAUUUGUAAUUGUAUCAGAGAACAACAAUCUCCGUGGCCAUCUGCCUCCUGAAAUAAGUGCGAUGGAGAUAAUGCUGUACGAUCCAUUGCCGCCGACUGACGGCGACAAUCAAUAUGACCGAUAUGUGAUGGGAUCGAGUUCGGGAGCGCGUACUCACAGGUGGCAAAAUUUCUUAGUGGCUCAAUUGAGAAGGCUGUUAAACGGAGCACCAAACGCGGACCUCAAUAGAUUGGCUGAAAGAUUAAAUAACCAUAUCAUUGAGGACGAAGAAUUAUUUUUCGAUCCGCCUAUGGAUGGAAUUAUAGAUCCUGAAGCUCGUUUUGGCGUACCCGGCGCUUUUCCUGACGUUCUCCCUGGCGCUUUUCCUGGCGACUUGGCCAGCAGUUUCCCUGCCGAGAUCCCUGAUGAUUUCCUUGAUGACGCUUUUCCUGAUGAAUUACAGGUAUAUCUAUUACGAAAAACAUGA